GUCUCUUCUCCCACACUCUCUCUCUACACUCCUUCGUCUUCUACCUCGGUGACACCACUAGUCAUCUCAGAGAGAGAACUCGUCGAUAGAUAACAGAGAGAAAAGAGAAGACGAGAGUGAGAUUCUCUUCAGUUUCAGCUUUCACGACGUCUGUGCUCAUGAGCCGACGGCGAGUUCUGUUAUCGGCGACGUUACUCUCGUACUUCCUUCACGGAAUGGCUCUCGUCUCCGUCGUCGCCUCCGGCGUGGAGGAGGUUAGAGAUAACGUGGAUUUGACCAAAACGACGACGUUAACUACCUCUGCGCAUCGGAAGAUGUUACAUCUCUCUCAUGAGACGAGAGCAGAGCCUGAUAGGAUCGGAGAGAAGUGCAAGAAGUCAGACAUUGUGGUGAACCAAGCAGCGACCGAACCUAUGCCCAACGGAAUACCCGGUUACACUGUAGAGAUCACGAACCAAUGCAUGUCUGGAUGCAACAUCUCGAGGAUCCACGUCAGCUGCGGUUGGUUCAGCUCCGCUAAGUUGGUUAACCCGAGAGUUUUCAAGCGUAUUCACUAUGAUGAUUGUCUCGUCAACAACGGGAAGCCUUUGCCUUAUGGCUCUACGCUCUCUUUCAACUACGCCAACACUUUCCCUUACCGUCUCGCUGUCUCAUUCGUUACUUGCUCUUGAGAGUUGAGAGACCGGAUCUUUUUCUUUCUUAUAUAGGAUAAGAUGAUAGUAAAAACAUGGCGGGGAAAAAUUAAGGUACAGCAAGUAUGAUGAUAUUAAUCAUAUUCAUACCACACUCAUCCUCUUUUUGGGUUAUUUUCUUUCUCUUAGGAUGUGAAAUGUUUUUGAGCAACAAUGAUAUAUAUAUAUAAAAGAA